AUGGAGUCAACCUAUUCCAGCAGCGACCGCUGGAACUAUUUCCGCGAUAUGACCCAACGCGACGAACCGCAAGCUCAAACCCAAAACCUCCACGACCAGAUGCCGCCAUACGGCGAUGCGCCCGAUGUGGGCACUGGUCCACCGCGACACAACCUCCCGCACGACGAGCAGAUCCCAGAGGACGAGGCGGCACCGCGCAGCAUCGGCAACAACAACACGGGCAGCAUUAACAUCAGCGGCAGCACCACACGGACCGAAUCGCCGGUAUCGUCUCCGCCCGCCACGACAUCCGGGCAGCCCAUCGCCAACCCGUCGCCCUUCAACUUCAACCUCCAGUAUUCGUUCCCGGGCCACCCCAACCGCAGGUCGCUGCGCAGCUGGAUCCACGAGCUGCCGGACGACGCCCGCAUCGCCGUCAGUGCCAACAUCAACAGUGGCAGCGGCAGCGGCAGCGGCACCUCCAGCAGCAGCGGGCGUGGCCAUGGCAGCGCCGUCGGCGGCAGCAUCAACAUUGCACCCGCCACUGGCCUCGACCCGGCCCGGCGACCCUCGGUCACGUCCACCAUGGCCGACACCGAGUCGCUCAUGUCACCGUCGUCGUCGAGAGCCUCACCGCGGCCCAUGGGGCCCAACAUCCCCGUCGAGAUGCGCUACCGCUUCCCGUCCCUCGCCGGGCUCGACCCCAUAUCCUUGCCGCCGACACCGGGGCCCGUGCCAUCACAUCUGCACUACCAGCCCAGCCUCUCCACACCGCCCACCACGACAACAGCAGUAAGCAACGUCACCGUCCCCAGCCAUUCAUUGCCCACGGUGCCGACCAUGUCAACUCUCGGCGCGGGUCUGGCCAAUAUGUCCUUGGGAGGGGGCAGUGCCGUGGAGGGGAACGGUGCACCACACAUACCACACAUACCACACAUACCACACACGCCGCACAUACCACCCGCCCACCCGCCGUACCACCCGCGCCCAGCUCCGCCACCGCCACCGCCCAUGCCCACGUACGUGCCCGUCGAGCUGCCGCGGCCAAUAUCCAACGUGGGCGGGCCCGGUGGCGCGGCCAAGAUCGAGCCUCUGCCGCCGUCGGCCGCGCGGUUUGUGGCCAUUGGCAUCGACUUUGGCACAACGUACUCGGGCGUGUCGUGGGCCUUCUCGGGCGACCCGACCGACAUCAAAGACGUGCAGCAGUACCCUUGCGUCGGCACGGCCUACAACAGCCGCGACGAGGUGCAGGUACCGACGCAGUACGACCAGCGGUCCGGUGCGUGGGGCUAUCUCGUGGCGCAAGGCCACUCGCCCAUCAAGUGGUUCAAGCUGCUGCUGCUGCGCGACGCCGACAUCCGCGACGACAUCCGCAACUCGCCGUACUUGCAGGCCGCGCGGCAGCAAGCCAGCCUGCUCGGCGAGGACGGCGUCGUGGACCUCAUUGCCGACUACCUGCGCAACCUGUGGCAGCACUGCCUGCGGGAGAUUGAGCUGCAGAUCGACGCGCAGGCGCUCCAGGACCUGCCGUUCAAGGUCGCCAUCACCAUCCCCGCCAUCUGGCCGCAGUACGCGCGCAACAUGAUGAAGAACGCCGCGCGGCGCGCCGGCAUCCUGCAGCCGCGCGACAUUGACGACACGACGCUGAUCCUGGUCGAAGAGCCCGAAGCGGCCGCGCUCGCCACGCUGCUGGACCGCCGCGCCUACCCGGAGAUGGCUGUCGGCGAGACGUUUAUGGUCGUGGACUGUGGCGGCGGCACCAUCGACAUCAUCAGCUACAAGGUGAUGCAGAAGACGCCGUUUGUGAUCCACGAGGCCGUCAAGGGCGACGGCAAGCUGUGCGGCGCCUUCAUGGUCGACGACAAGUUUGAAAACCACAUGAAGCACAUGUCCGGCCUCAAGUUUGACAACUGCGACCCAGCCGACUUCCGCAAGUUUGUCUACGAGGAGUGGGAGUACGCCAUCAAGCGCUCCUUUACCGGCAGCGAGACGCAACAAGAAUUCUACCUGCACCCGCCCAUCAAGGCCUUUUCAGCCUUUUCGCGCUUCAAGGGCAACAACAAGUUUGUGCUCAAGCGCAGCACCAUUGUCGACUUUUUCGACGACACCUACCAGGGCAUCCGGCAGCUGAUCAACGACCAGAACAAAAAGAUUGUGGCCCAAGAGGGGAAACCGCCCAAGGUAAGCUCUCUGUCUCUCUCUCGUCUCUCUCGCGUCUCUCUCCCCCUCUCUCUCUGCCUUCCUCCUCCCGUCUCAUCACUAACGUGGCAGAAAAUCAUCUUGGUCGGCGGCCUCGGCAGCUCGCGCUAUCUGCUGCGAAAGCUCCAGACCGAGUACAGCAACGUCAUGCAGCCGCAACGCACCUGGUCCGCCGUCGCCCGCGGCGCCGUCAUCAAGCUGCUCAAAAACACCUUCUCGCAAAGCGACGUCGUGCCCGUCACCGACGAGCGCCAGCGCCAACUCCUCCUCGCCCUGCCCGAGAUGGACGUCCGCAUCGCCCGCUACAGCUACGGCGUCGAGACGGGUGUGCCCCUCCAGCACGCGCUGCCGCCGGUGGAGCCGGGUGUCGACCGCAUCAGCACCGAGCCCGACGGCCAGCAGCGGGUCUGGCGCAUGCAGUGGUACCUGAAGCAGGGCGAGUUCAUGGACAACCGCGAGCCCGUGUCGCACAAGUUUUACGAGUACGUCACCAGCGCCGCCAGCAAGCAGACCAAGUUUAUGAUUUACACGAGCGGCCAGAUGCCGCCGCCCUGCCGCCGCGAAGACGGCUGCUCGCUGCUGUGCACCAUCUUCUGCGACUACGACACACCGUACCACGAACUGCCCGUCGUCGAUGACACACGAGGACUGCGCAUUGUCGACGACAUGCACCUGACGAUGCGCUUCAACGGGGAGCCUGAGUGGCGGCUCCAGGUCGGUAAAAAGUCUACAGAGCAAAAAGUAAACGUAAGGUUUGAGUAG